UCCCCCAGGUCUAAGGGAAAUAAAGAGUACCUCCUGAACGUUGGGUCUGCAAAGCUUCCCGUAUAUUGUCACAUGACUAAGCAUAUGCUUGACGCAUGCGGAGGAGGAGGAUGGACGCUGGUAAUGAAGAUCGAUGGCUCGAAGGUAUUAAAAGUUCAAUGUUAUCACAAGCAGCUAUGUUUGUCUGCCACUUAAAUUCAGACUAUUAUUAAGGUCAACAUACAGGGUAAUAGUGGAUCUAGUAAGUGUACGUUUGAUAACUGUUAGCACGAUGAUUUAUCAAUUCAGUGAAGACCAAGAUACUGAUAUUAUAUUUGUCAAAUUAUAACGGAGAAAAGCGAUAGUACGUUAUCAGAAUAACUGACAUGAUGUUCUUCUUAAUUAGUUUAAUCAGAGAACCAUUCACUACAAGUUGCUCGGUCUCUUACCACCUAACUGCCACUAUACACUGAGGGUAGACUUUCAGUGCAAGUCAAGUGUCAAACGCAAGUAGAAAAAAGAAAAUGUAGCACGUGUAGGUUUGAAAAGUGUCAGCUCAAUGAUGUAUCAAUUCACUGUAAUAGUACCAGACAGGGUAAUAAGAGAAUAAUAUCUGAGGAAAAGAUUAGUAAACAUAGCCUGCGUGGCAGGCGCAAAAAGGGGAGGGGAAGGGGGGGGAGGGAGAAAGGGAAAAGGGAAGGGAGCGCCUGCUCUAAGAGCCUAUGUUUUUGCAUAACGCCUACCAAUUUUCUAGUAAUCCGAUUACGCUUACUGUCAAUCAAGUGUCCUACACUCGCCAUUGCAGAAAAACAUUACAUCCACGGACUAAAGAAAUUCGCUUAGUUAUUCAGAUCCAGAAGGCACUUUGGAGAAAAUUGGAACCCUUAUUCAGCCGUAAUAAAAAAAGCUUUACGCUUCAAAAGAGGUCAAAGAAAUUGCGCUUGCAUCAGGGGCAAAUCCUGCCGACCAGAAAACAAUAACUACAGUCAAUCGAUAUGUAUGUCAUGACCUCUCAGUGUGAAACAUGCGGCUAAAAUAAUAUUUGCUCAGUAUAAAUGCAGAACCUUCAAGAGCAUAAUCUACCCAGCAGAUAAAAACAACUUUUACUUUAUUGGAAUAAGCAACAUUUUGGCAUGUGGUAAAACCACCCUCUUUUAUUGCUAAGUUACAUCGGCGAAUGUCAUCGUUCGAUAAAUUGGCUAAAUCUUUCGCUGGGUAGCCCAACAAUUUCAUCUCCUGCAACUGGUCUUCGAUAAUACUUUUCAGUGGCGAAAUGAAAUGACGAGAAUCGCCGCAUUACCAUUUAGCUCGUAGUUCUUCGCGCGUACGAACAUUUGGUAAAUUAAACUCUUGCCGUAUCCGGUCCGCAAAACCGCCAGAACAUCUCUGUCGGCUAAAAGAGCCCUUACUGCUGAUUCUUGCUCUAGUUUUAAAACAGUUUCUCUACCACCAGAUAAAUUCACAUCUCUCAAAGCACUCUCUACGACAUCCACGUCUACCGCUGCCAUCUCGACUGUUUGUUGAUUUGUGAAACACGCAUUUCAAUAUGUUACUCAUUACGGCUCAGCCAAUCAGGAAUUUGCGGACGCCAGCGUCCGCAGAUAUGAACAAAAGGGGGUUCUUAGAGCAGGCGUCUCCUCCCCCUCUCCCCAAUCCCCCUCCCCUUUUUCCCUUCCUUCCUAUCCCCUACCCCCUACCCCUUUCGACGCCUGCUACGCAGGCUAAGUAAACACCAAGAUGUGACUGUACCAUAUGUGUCGAAUAGAUAAAACAGCAAAGGGAUAGUAAUUUAUAUAAAUGGUGUUUUUCUUUUUCAAAUGCACCCAGAAAACCUUUCACUUCAAUUCCCAUCUCUGGAGCAACAAAGCCGACUUCAAUCUUCCGGGAGGGAAGACUGGGUUGGACACUCACGAGACCAAGUUACCGACUUAUUGGAACACACCGUUUAACAAGAUCUGUCUUGGAAUGAGGGCUGGUUCCCAGUUCUCCUCUGUUGUCAUCAACCAUCAAGCCAGAUCCCUGUAUUCACUGAUCGCAGAUGGCAAAUACCGAGCUACUUCACUGGGCCGUAACACGUGGAAGAAGCUCAUUGGCUCUCGGGCCUCGUUACAACCCAACUGUAACAAAGAGGGAUUCAAUGCCAUAGGUGCCGAUACUAAACACAGCAAAGCGAGAAUUGGUAUCAUCAGUAACGAGCAAAAUGAUUGUAACAGCUGCGACUCCAGAAUCGGGUUCGGCACUGGAGGGUACGGUGAUGACUCCAACACGUGUGGCAACGAAGCUAUAGCCCGGCCAGAUAAUGGCGACCAGCAUAUCAAAGCUAUGGGAUACAUCUUGGUUCAAUAA